GGGAAUUUAGUUCUUCAGACAUGAGCCAAAAAGAUUUCUUUGAGGUACCGCGUGGGUCCGCCCGCGUUUGGACGCGCGCGUUGAAGCGGGAAAAAAAAACAGCAGGGCAUUCCGGGCCCUGCGAGUUCAGUCGAAACACGCCAAUCGCGGCUUCGGGGCUUCUCGGAAGUGCACGGAACACCGCGCCUGCCACAUAUUUCGCACGCCGUCAGGGCACUCCCACAUGCUGGGUCAAGCAGUGGUUCCCCAUGGAAAGAACGCUAUCCGAGAGAGAGGUCCAGUAAAGGACGAUGAGAAUGCAGGUGGAACAAGUCACUUUUCCUUGCGCCAGUCAUGUACACAAUGGGAGAACGUCUGUUUUGACUGCGUGACAAAAAUAUAUCCUAUCCGCUGGAAGAGAGCCCAUCUAUCUUCCUGCUCAGGCGGGUUCAAGAACGCUGAAAACAGACCAAAAGCGAGCCUGAUGUCGUAAAUAUUUAUGGGGAGCAGCAUGUUGCUGGGCGCGUUUUCACAGGCCUGCCAAGGUUGCAACCGUUGCGUGACUUCGCAAGCAUUGGUCAUCCACACAUGUGAAGCCUCCGCAGCCAGGUCCUUGUUCGAAGCAUGCACUGAUCGAGCCAACGGGCAUGCAAUGCAUGCGCUGUGGGCGCUUGGACUAUGACAUGGAUGCCUCAGACAUGGACAUCGAUUGUCCCGUGUGCGGCUGCUUCCAAUUCUGGCCCUGCGGCGAGUACGCAGACCCGCGGACGAACUCCAGUGGAGUGGGCUCAAGCUCAGACCCUUCGAACCGGUCAGAAGAACGUGUCGGCCACCAGGAAUCCUUGGACUCGUUGGGGAGUCCACUGCCCUCGCUGCUUGGACGCUAUCGAAUAGCUAGAUUUGGACGUUUGCAAGUAUUCAACUCCCUGGCCUCCGCCUGGAUCCUCCCAGAGGGAUAUCCAGGAGUUUUGGUAUCCGGAUCCUCCCAGGCACGACUUCGGUUCUGGGCCAAGGAGAUCCAAGGAGCCGUGCAGGUCCGCCAGGCGGAAGGCUUGGACAAGGUGGUCCUCGGUGCCAGCCGCCUGGUGGAGCGGAGCCAAAUGGCAUUGGAGCUCUUCCGGUCCAAGACCGGUGUCAACAAGGUCCCGGAUGUGGCGAUCCGCACCCUGGAGCGGGAUAUCCGCGGACUGCAGCUUGCGCUCCCGGGCGGGCGAGACUUGGCCAACAUCCACGAUGCUACCGCGAACAUCGAGCGCGUCUUGGGUGCUGUGGAGCGCUAUGCCGCAGAGCUCCCGGAGGUGAUCGCAAAAGCUGAAGCACAAGUGCCCAAAGGUUUGAAUCCUGAUCUGGUGCAAGAAGCCAAGUAUUGUCAGGAGGAGUAUGCUGAGACUGUCCAAGAGCUCGAAGACGCCAUCAGCAAAGCCACCGGGGAGGAGUUGAAGCGUGCACUCAUCGCUGCGCGCUUGGCCGGCGCACCCAUGGAGCUCAUCGACCGGGGCUUCGCAAAGCUGGAGAAGAAGUUCCCAGAACUUCUCACUUACACCAAGACCGAGCUCGAGCUUUUAGUGGCCAAGCAGGAAGCGGACGACAUUCAAGAGCUCUCGGCUGAGGGCCGCUUCUUGAGAUUGCAGGAUGCGGCGGAUGCGGCGAAGCUCCUGGUACCUCGUUUGGAGAAGAGCAUCCUCGAAGAGGUGGAGGACAUCAGCAUGGCUUUAGCUGCUGAACGUUCCUUCGUGAUGGCUGUGAAGGAAGCAAAAGACAUCAUUGCAGGACUGCCGAUGUCUCCAGAGGAUGUGCACAUUCGAGUGCUUCGUUUGGGUCAUGCGAUCCAGGCACCGCAGGCCUUGGAGGAGGUCAUUGAGCGCAUUUCCGAGCGCAUUUGGAGUCAGGUGGGCAAGAACCAACCGAUUCCCUUCAUCGUUGGUGGCUCCUACGGUGCUGCGGUGGAAGCAUUUCGACGGACGAAUGGAGCCAAGUGCUUGGCUUACAACGACAUUGACGUGUGGUACAAGUCCUUGGAUGACGAGGAUGAUGGAAAAGAUGAAAUCUUGCAGGUCCACUACGAGAGGGAUGUGUUCCCAGAUCAUCCUGACAUGGAAGUGAAUGUGAUUCGCUUGGGGAAACUCCAGUUGCGAGCUUUGAUUGAAGACUUCGACACGAACAAUGUGCAGGUGGGCUACAAGGUGGUUCCUCGAAUCGAAGAUGGCAGGCUUGUGGCCGAGGUCGCAGAUACGUAUGUUUCUGCGGCAUUUGAGGACUUUCUGCAAACUUGGACUAUCCGGAUUGUGAACCCCAUGUCAGGCAAGACUCGUGCAACUACUUUGAUCCGGCUUCUCUAUAAGGCGCAGCAGCUAGACUUGCCCUAUGACCUGCCGCCUGAGAAGGAUCUCUUGCACAUAUUUCAUGGCCGUUGGUUCGCACCAAAGAAUCAUGACAAACUCCAGCGACUCCAAGGGCCAUAUCGAAACGAGAUCUUCUCUCGCUUUGAGGUGGUCAAAGGAGCUUGGCACAGACGGAACAAAGACCACUGUCCCUAUGAGGGAACGAUCGAGAAGACCAGGAAGACGAUGUAUCGCCUGCUUCGCAAGGAGAGUGACGAUGGCUCACGGAUCCUCCGGAAAGGCCUUCCCGAAGCCUACGAAUUGCAGGGCCUACUGGAAGAGGAAGCUGAAAGGCGCCAAACAGCCCUUGACUCAGCCCUGGCCUUGGCGGCCGAGCGCGGGACGCCUCUGAAGGAUCUCUUGAUCUCCAUCACUGCCGCACGUCAGGCUAGUGUCACGCCAGAUCUCUUGGAGGAGCCCUAUGCUCGUCUGCGGAAGAAGAAGUUGGACUUCGUCACCUCAGCGUUGAGGAAUGCUUGCUCCAAUGGAUGGUAUGCCUUGGCCUAUGCUCUCUACCACCGAGGACUGGCCCUGAAAGCUGGGGAAGAGCGGAAUGGUGGCGAGUGGCGCAGUGGAGCCAUUGAGGCGGAGAUCAAUCGACUUCGGACGGAUGUGACCAUUCUCAAAGGAGAGUUCCUCAUCGAGACCAGCGGCGGCGCCUUUGGUACCAGCACCUGGCGAAAGAACCCCUGUUACCUGAUCCGAUGCAACGCACCGGUGCGCGCGGAGUCGAAGGAGAACCGACAGACCCGGAAGACCUUUAGCUCCAAAAGCAGCAACACUGGAGUUCGAGUGUCAAUUGCUUUGGCAGAAGCAGGGGACUUUCCUGCGACCAUGGCAUUGCAUGUGGUGAAGAACAACAAGGACGUGCACGAAGCCGGGGCCGCUCACAUGCUGCUGCCGGGCUUUGAUGUGGUGGCCGCCUCGCAU